UUUACGUUAAUUUGAUAUCACUAGUUAGCUUAUAUUUAGCUACACCGGGUUUGAGUGUGAACAAGAUGGAGGUGAUUUUGUCAAGGGCAGCACCUUUGCUGGUGCCACAAUGGUAUGUAAUAUUGCAUAUACUUCGCAAAUAAGUGGUUUUAAAAAUAUUUAGUUCUCAAUUUAUUACUCACUGGCUUACAUCAUAUUUAUCAGAUUAUUACCUUAAAUAUUUUAAUGGGCCCGUUAGCUUUUCCAAGGAAGUUUUCUUGCGACCCUUCAAAAAUUAAAAUGAAAUUAAAAAUACCCCCCCCCCCCACCAACAUUAAAUUCUGCUUCAACAUGCAUGUAUUUAUAGAUUAUUAGUUAAGUACAUAAGCCUAAUUAUUUUAUUAAAUUAUACUUGAUGGAUGAACUCUUUCGCUGCGGAAUUUUUCCGAAAAAAUAUACAUUUUUUAAGAGCUAAAAAGACUCGAUCAGAGUGAGAGAUUGGGUUCAUUAAACAAAUUUUAAAAUAUUAUUCUGUGGUUUAUAAAUUAUAAGACUAAACUUUGUAUCGAAUGAAGGAUAAUUUAAAGUACAAACUAUGUUUGUAAACUUAUUUCUUCAGUUUAAAUAAAAUAAGUAACAGAAAAUAACCAUAAAAUUAAAAUGUUUUAUGAUUUUAUGCUUAACUAACACAUUUUUUCCCCAAGCCUAUGAUUAUGAUAAUGUUGUAAGCAUACCUCAUCUUCUGAAAUCUUCACUUCUAUAAUUCAAAUCCUCUAAAACAACUACUAUUGGAAUCAUGCGAUGGAUCUAAAUCUUAAUAUAAAUCAUCUUCCACUAUCAAAAGAAGUAGUAUAAAACAAUUAUAACAAUUCCAAAGCUUUUUGAGCUGUUAUUCGUCUAGGAAACUUACAGGUCUAGAGUAGCCAUAACAACAGUAGAAAAAAAAGCAAAGAAAAUCAUUACAAUAUUGCUUUAAAUGACAGCAAAUAAACCUUGGUUUCGCUCAUAUUAACAAUGAAGUACCACUCUUUUAUGUAAAAGUCUUAUUUAAAAAUAGCUCUUUAAAAGUUUAACCGAGAAAUAGCAAAGAAACAAACAUGAUAUUAAAAUGACGCAGAGCGUGUUGGUCUGUGCUUUGAGAACAGUGGAUGAAUGCAGUGUGCGUUGUUCCGCAUCGAAAGAGUUAAAUUUGAAUUAGUUAUAGUAGUAGCUAGGUACUUUGACAGAAAUUUUAAAUAUUGUCUGAUUGCCAUAAUAAAUAAUAGAAGGUACUUACUAAGUACCUAUUAUUACUAUAUGGCAAUCAGACAGACAAUAUUUAAUUCUGAAAAAAAGUUGUAUAAAAUUAUUAUUAAAAUAAGAGUUGAUGCGCACGACACGAUCAGUGAAAUGGGGCCACAAGAUGUGGAGGUUUAGUACUAAGGUGAUUUCAAGUAUGAAUUUAUCAAAUUGGUAUGCUGUUGCAGGUCUACCUUAAAUGAAUAUAAGCCAAGCCCUAUUGGAAUUAUUGGUCUAUUUUUUUAAACUAAUGAGGUCUAGCUUAUGAAAUUUUAGCAUCAAUUUAAAUUUUUAAAAUAGGCCUAGAAUAAAUGGUGUUUUCCUUUACAUUUUUUCAGUGGCCAGGCUCAGGUCCGUGGUAUGGCAACAUUAAAAGAAAGUAAGUAGGCCUUAUGCUAAAAAUCCAUUAGCAUAAUGAAAAUGAUCAAGUUGAAGAAAACAGCAUUAUUUAUACUUCCAUCGCCUAAGAAUAAAUUCUUAAAACCUUUAGGCUUUUCAUAAGGCAGGAGGUUCAGAUGUACUCUUUUGCAUCAAUUCUUGAGAGACUUUCAAUGAAACAGUUAGUGAUACAAUUCUGGCAUCUGUUUACUCCAGAUCAAUAUGCUACAGAACGUGUUACAAAAUAUUUACUUUAAAAUUACUGUAAGGUAUUUGGGACUCAAUUUAACAUUCUAAAUUAGUAUCUGACACUUUCAUGGAUUUUAGAGGUUUUUACAAAACAAAAAGUACAAAUUUUGUGUCUUCCAUCUAUGAUACCAUAUGAUUUAUUCUUCUUUUUAAUGAAUUGAAACUGAAAACAUAAAUAAAUUAACAAAUAAAUGUUCCAAAUUGUAUCUUUAAUGUUGAAUCAAUAGCCAAAGAGCUAUAAACUUCAUGUCAUGAAAGAAAUGAUGUAAACUAUGUUUCAUUGUUUGUAAUUUCAUUCCACAUGACCGUUUACUUUAGCAUUGUUAUUAAAAUUGUUUAAAUCAAUUAAAUGAUAUAUUUUUUCCUCAUUAUCUACAGUUCGCCUUCGUCUUAAGUCUGUGACCAAUAUUCAGAAAAUUACCAAAUCCAUGAAGAUGGUGUCCGCAGCCAAAUAUGCAAAGGCAGAAAGAGAGUUAAAACCAGCUCGUCAGUAUGGUCAUGGAGCUAAGGGUAUGAUAAAAAAUCGAUCUCACUAUAUGUUUUGUUUUCCAUACUAAAUUCCUAAUACUGUAGUACUUUCUCUUUUGAUGAAUCCACAUAUUUUAGGGCUUGAAAAUGAAAGUUUCCCCACAUUAUUCUCAAUGCUGGUUUGUAAAAGGGUCCAUGUGAUCCUGACCUUAUUUCACUUUGUUUUGCACAUUCCAUUACCUCUAAAAGCUUCUGUUACAGUGUGGGAAGUCAGACAAAGUAAAUGCUUUACAAAUGGUUAAUCUUAAAUAGUGAAAAUAAUGCCAUACUUCUUUGGAAAAUUUUUUCCUCUUAGUUUAUUAUUCUUUUACAUACCUGUUUACUCUUAUGAUUUUGACGUACAAUGUACGAUUUUGAAGUGUAUACAUUAUAUAUAUUGUAUGUUUAUUUUUUUACCAUUAAGAUAAUGUAUUGAACGAUUUUGUGAUAUUGUGCGAUUUUAAGAGUUUGAGGGUAAACUGGUCUGCUUGUAGUAUUUAUAGGGCGAUUAACUAUCUUGCCAACAAAAGUUUUUAAAAUAAUUUUGUGUUGUAUGUUUUUGGGAAAGCAGGAAUCAGAGGACGAGACUUAUAUUUUAAAACAGUGCCCCUCAACACCAUGCCACCCCCCCCCCCCAACCUUUUUAUCCUCGCUGCACGCAUAGAUCGUACCCAGAUUUUGAUGGCACACCACAAUUGAACGAGACAAAAGAGCUGAUUUUUCUGUUGUUUACACCCAGGGGCAAGUGAAUGGUUGGGGUUGAGGGGACGGACACAUCAGGGGGGAUAGCAAUAUCAUCUUUAGAUACGGACUUCAUAUAGAAAUGGAUAAAAUUUCAUGACAAGGGACGUCAUAAUCCUCUUUUUGCUGGUCCACCGUGGUCAGCAACUGUUUCUGUAUAUUGAAGGGUGCCAUUUUCAGACUUGGUUCGCUUCUACUGGGAAUUGUCCCGUUAUGAUCUCUUCUUUGUUAGGUUAUCACAUGUUAUGCCCACAGUAGGUAUGUUUUACUGAGGGCAGUAGAUUUCACAUUGUCUAGGGGUUAAAAUACUAUUCUAGGAUACAAUUCACAGACUCCAUGUUGAAAAUACUUUAGCUCUUUAUUUACAGUCGGUACUCUAAAUAACAACAGGCUCAAUAACAUGUGCUCUUUUGAAAACAACACUACAACUAGCAUCUGAACUAUCAUCUUACUCACUGCUGACUCUCGAACUCUAUCCUAACAGCAAAACUAGAUGGCUGCCUCUAUAACAUAACACACCACUCUCUGUCCUCAGACCCAUUUUUCUCUCAAUCACCACGAACACCAACAUACACUCAAAACCACGAACAAACUCCAUGAUCUGACCCAACGACCUACAACUCACAAAGUCCCCCCACGAUCAACAAGCCUUCACACCCAACACUGGCACUCCCAAAUCUAGUUCACAACAUGUCCUGUUUACACACACCAACAUUUUACAUUUUUUAAUAUCUCUUAUAUAUGUGAAAUUAAUACGAGCCAGUAUAUAUUUCAUAACAAUUAAUAUAACAUACAAUAAAUCACUUUUUAAGCGGGUGUAUCAAAUAACAGAAAUAUUUUAAAAAAUGUCCUUUUCACUAUUGCCUGUUUUUUUAAAAACAAAAACUUCCUGUACCCGAUAUCCAGUUUAAAGUUGUAAUGUAACUUAUUUGAUGACUUGCCUUGUGCACCUGCAGAUGGGCUGUGCCAAUUGACUUCAAAUGUUUAACAGCUUGCUAUUUACCUAAUCAUUGUCCCUUUUAUUUAUAUUGUCUUCACGAGUUUUUCAUCCCCUUUUGCCACACCAAGCCUCUUCUUGCCCCACAAUGGUUGUGGAGCUGUUUUAAAAUGGUGAAACAGACUCGCCUUGCUUGGCCACUAGUCAUCAUCAAAUUUAUGAAUUUGUAUUUAAUUUUCUCCUCACUUUUUGCAAAUAAAACAAGUGUCUGUAUAUUUGUGUAUUUAACAUAACCUAACACUACUUAGGUUAUGCCUAUUAUUUAUCUAUAAUGUGUUGCAGCCUUUUACCAAAAAGCUGAAAUAGCACAGGACAAGACCAAACCUAAUCACUUAGUGGUAGUGAUGUCUUCAGACAGAGGUCUUUGUGGUGGAAUUCAUUCUUCUAUUGUCAAACACAUCAGGGCAAAAUUAGAAGAGGAAGGAUCUGCAGUGGACACCAAAUUUAUCAUCAUUGGAGACAAGGCAAAAGGCAUCCUCCAAAGGUAUUGUGUCUAGUUAUUAAAAUUUUAAUUAUAAUUAAAAUAAAGUUAUUAUAUAUAUAUAAUAGUAAUGAAAAUUUUUUUUUUUAACAUUCUAUGUUUAAAAAAUAAAUUGUAAUCUUUUUUUCUUGGUCACAAAAUAAAUUUACCUUUUUUCAAGGACCCUAGCCCAGAAUGUUUUGAUUAGUUUUAAUGACUAUGGAAAGAGACCUCCCACUUUCAGUGAUGCUGCUUUGGUUGCCAAUACACUUCUGAAUUUGGACUAUAAAUAUGACAGGGCGACUCUUAUUUUCAAUACUUUCAAGUAAGUUGCUAUUCUUUUGCUGACGCCCUCCCAUUUGGAAAUGUAUUGUAUAUACUCAUGUAUAAGUAGAAGAAAUUUUAGUCGUAAACUUCAUUUUAAAAUGCAGUCGACCAAUCCACGGGUCAGUGCUAGUUUUGAUUGAAUUUUUAUUUGAAUGCUGGAAAAUGACGAUUUUCCAGUUAUGCUAGUGUACUUGUAUUGACCCAGAUACUAGGUACAUACACAGACAAAAAAACAGCUGUUGAUGCUUGACUGAAAUCUGAAACCAAAGUCACAUGUUUCAUCGCUGACUGCUGAGUCUGUUAGCCUGUAUUGUUGGGAGGAGAGAGGAUUUUGAUAUAUAUCGCAGGGAUGUCACUUGCUACAGAGUGAGAAAAUUUAGGCCUGAUGACACCUGCUAUAGUUUAGUUUACAUGGCAGCAAUUGCUGCUAGGUAAAAUGGAACAAAAUUUGUAAAAUCCCAGAUUUUCAUUGCCCAAAGUUUUACCCCCGACUUAUCCACAAGCCAUAGCAUAUUUCAUAAUUGUUGGUAAAUAAAAAAACUGCAUAAGUGAAUGAAAUUUAUUUCUCACUAUAGUUUCUUUAAAAUAAUAACUUUUUAGUUGUAAUAUCUAAAGUUGUAUAUGGGUACAAUUUCAAAAGAUCACUGCCAUCAUCAUUGUCACUUUUGUCAGCAUCAACUACUCCUUUACUACUAGUACUAAUUUAUUAAGUCUUAUUCAGAAUAAUGUUUGAAAAUAUAUGUUAAGUAUCAAAUUGUGCAUCAAUUUCAAUUGAAAGUGGUCUUGUCUUGCACAAAAACUUCUCCAACCUUGCAAAACUUCUGAUGCUCCUAAAGUGGUACGGUAACCAAGAAAAUAAACUUAGAUUACUUUAUGAAGAUGAGUGACUUACUCUCGAGAGCAGCAGUAAACUUAAGCCAUCCUUUUUAUGGGAAGUUGGUCGGUGGAGAAAAAACUAUUCCACAAGGAUAUUUUUUAAUUCAGCUGAUAACGGCGAAAUUCCACUAUGCAAAUUUUAUUGAAUACGGUAUGUUAAAAAAAUUUCACAGGAGUGUUAUUUCCUACAUCACAACUGAACUGCCACUGUACAAUCCUGAUGCUAUUCAGAGCGCACAGAAGAUACAUUUGUACGACAGCUUGGAUGAUGAUGUUCUUAAAAGCUACAAUGAGUUCUCUUUGGCAAGUUUAGUUCUCUUUGCUAUGAAGGAAGGAGCCUGCAGUGAACAGAGUUCUAGGAUGACAGCUAUGGAUGCUGCAAGCAAGAAUGCUGGUGAGUUUCUGUUUGACCCUUUAUUGAGAUUGCCCACUUUAUUUGAAUAGCAAUCACUGUAUUAUAAUUGAAAUAGGAAAUUUGCUAAGUUCUUUUUGUGUUUGCUUGAUAUGACAAUGUUGCAAACUCUCUUAAGCUCAUUUUUAAAUCAAAUUUUUUUCAGGUGAAAUGAUUGGCAAACUGACACUGACAUUCAACAGAACCCGUCAAGCUGUCAUCACAAGAGAGCUGAUUGAGAUCAUUUCAGGAGCAGCUGCCCUAUAAUUAAUUGCUUAGUCCUAUACAGAUAUGUCUUUUAGGUUUCUUAGUUUAAAAAAAAAAAAUGUAUGAAAACAUGAUACAUAAUCCAAUUAUGUGUUAAAUAAUAUAUCAAUGAUGCUAAUUUUAAGGUUUAAAAUAACUAAACUGAUAACUGUUUGGGAGGCAAUUAUUUUUAGCCUACCAGUUAUUGUCAUUUUGUGUAGAACUUUCUUAAUGGCCACCUCUUCAGUUACAUGCUGUUAUAGCCAAUGUGUUGAUGGGGUAGUUGUUGUGAGUUGACUAUAAUAGGUGUAAGAAAACAACUGACUGGACAGUUUCAAAUGGAAUAAAUUAUGUGAUAAAUAUAUUUUGUUGAAUUAAUCAUUGGUUCUGUUUUGUUUUUUGCAAAUACAUAUUGGGAUACAGCUAUUACAACUAAUUUAGAAAGAACUGUUAGUUGUUCUUGUUUUACAUAGGAAGAUAACCAAGGUGUAUGCAGGAGGUUUGUGAGUACUAUUUGUGAUGGGAAACCUUGCUGGCAAGUGGGACACAAGUGUUUUGUGGGUCCUUAUGGUACUGGAGGCAAUUCUACUUUACCAUGAGUUGUACAUUAACUCUCUGAAAAGUGUGCUCCAACAGAGAGUCUGUCCAGCCAGCUUGACCAAUCCAAUGCAAGUGUUUCCCAUGAGUAACAAGUUGAUGUCCAUGGAUUUUAUUGACAAUUUUACGUAUAGGCAAUCUUUGAAACAUUUUUCUGCCCAUCAGCAUAUGUGACUUUUUGUAUGUGGUCAAUGUCUAGCUGGCACAUAGAGUUUUAGUCUACUGUUAAUGUCUCACUGAGAGUUGUUAUAUAAUUGCCCCUUCCCACCAACAGAAAAAUUAGUACUUUGGCAUUUCCGUUGAUUUGAUACUAGUAGUAUAAUUGCUUGUAUAAACUUGUAACUAAGUCCAAGGUGAAUGAUGAUAUGUUAGAGCGAAAUCAACACAUUAUAAUAUAUAAUUUAAUGUCUAUCUAAAACACCUACCUAAACAGUUCCUAUUAACAGGAUGGCUCUAGCAACCACACUACCAAAAAAUCCACCUGGUUGAUUAUCCUAUGACUUGUCUACUAAUAUUAAUAAUACAAUUCUAAUACUGAAUCUCUCUAAACAUGUUUCUGCUAUAGCUCACUCGUUUAUUUCCCUAUGAACCAAUCGGAUUCACUCUUGUGGCUUUUAUCAGAGUUAAUUAAUAACUCCUGUGCAUCUUAUGAAAUCUGAUACAACAGAUGGGCACUUACAUCAUUGGUUCUAAUUCCAAUACCUUGAAAACAUCCUUGGCCUUGAGCCAAAUAUUUUUCUAGAGAGCUGAAUUUAUUUAGCUACAUCAUCUCACUGAACAAACUCCAUAGAAAUUUGUCAGAUCCUCCUUAACCUAUUCUAACGUAUGUAAAUUUUAAAGCUAACGGUAAAUAAACUUGGCACCAGCCUGACAGUGGGUGGUUAGAUGAGUCACUUAGGGUUAAUGAUAAUGUGAAAUUACAUAAGUAUUAAAUGCCUAGCUCUUAAAUUUUCUAUUCCUUUAUGUUCUUGUUUAUUUUAGUUUAUAUAGUUUUGAGCCUGUAACAAAAAAAAAGAGACAAAGCACUAGAUAAAUUACUUUUAUAUUUAUGUAUAUUUAUUCUCAAGCAAUUUUAGGUACAAUUUUAAUAUAUUUUAAUAAUUAUUUAACAUCUACUGUCUGAGUUAUCUCUUUCUAUUCCAGUGCCCUUUCUUUGCAUUUUUCAAGAACUCUUUCUUUCUCUUCAUUUCAUUAUCCACUCUCUUGCUUUUCAAAGCUUCCUUGUGUUUCCUUUUGUACAACUGCAAGUAAAAGAGACAGUGUUAAAAAUCAAUAUACCUCAAUGCAAUAACCUUACCGGUACCUGCAAAUUUCUCUUUAACUGCUGUAACACUGCAAUUAAAUAACUGGGCAUGAGCAUGGAAAAUGGCUUUACAAGUUGCAAGAGGCGGCAGACAUCGAUCGAUUUCUGCGCAAAGCUCUAGAGCGCAAAAGACACCGAUUAAGUUAUUAAACAUGCUAGCACUAGCAUGACUAAUAAUUUUUUAUCAUUAAAAUAAUGUUUUCUAUAACAAAUAUACCUUUACAAUAGUUGGCCUUAACUCUUCCCAUCUUUGGAGCCAUAGUUCCUUGCUGAAUCGUAUGUCUAUUCUGCCAGCUUCUGAUGAAAUUAAAAACAUAAAAUAUUCUUUAUUUACCGUACUUUAAAUACUAUACAAGUAAUAAUGUUAUGACCCAAGCCAUUAUUUUUUGCACAACCUUUGAACUACUUUACUUUGAUGCAUUAGUUUAAUCGGGAACACACAAUGUUGAAAGAACUCUAAUAAAUGUGGGUGUUCAAAAGGAGAGGAUCUGAAAAUUAUUUAUCUAAUUUAACUUAGUGAUUGUAGCAAUAGACAAUUUUAUCAGGAUAUAACAUGAUAAUAAUAAUUGUUAGGCACGCCGUAAAUAGCAACCUUUGAUUGCAUGUGUCAAUUUCUACUUUCAUUUACGGCUGAUGCACACAGGUCAUUAAACUUUAAAAAAAAAAUUUUUGUGUAAAAUUUCCAAAUUUGGCCAUGGUCUGCACCUGGGGCUAAAUUCCUGAUAUUUAAAAUUCUAAAAGAUCAUUUGUUCAUUACUAGAUACCUUGUGAGCAAGCAUGCAUUGAAGUUUAACAAGACCAUUUUUGUUAUUGCAUUUCCUCCGCACAUGUAAAAUUAAUAAAUAAAUAUAAAAAAGCAACAAAAAAAAACACUAACCAAUAAGCUGCUUCUCUGUUUUAUUCUCCAAUGAUGGUAUCUGUAUUGUUGACCUAUGAGAUAUAACACAUGAUUUUAGAAAUAAAUUUUAAAAUUUGACUUAGCUUGAGAACCUCUGAUUUAAAGCAAUAUACUAGGAGAAAAAAUGAAAAUUUUUCCUUGAGUGUGACAUCAAAAUGAUAAUAUUUUAAAAGAAGUAAUAAAUUCAUUUAAUGAAUAGUGGUACCACAAACUUACG